AUCGCCACCAUCAUGGAAACGAUCCAGCGCCACACAAUGGCGGAGUGUGCCAUGGCUUCCUUCUUAAAUGGUCAGUACUACCAGUCCGUUUGUUGCACGGCCGCACUGGUCUACAUGGGAGAGCAACUGCGCAGCCACGAGCGCCAUCUGAUGUGCGACAUCUUUUUGGGUAUCAUCAAUAAAUUCAUUAUCGAGAAGAUAGAAUUGGAGAAGCAGUUGGAGGCUAAACGCCAGGCCCUACAGCAGAUAAGCGAACCGACUGAGGAGCAAAAACAAGUUGUGGAGGCCGCCAAGGAGGGGAUCAAUAUCCUGCUAUGGCAUUUAACGAUGUACAUCAGCGAAAUGUUGGUCAUCACAAUUGAGGCACUAAACUAUUUCACCACUGAUGACCACGAGCCAAAAGUGUUCCUUUACCGCUUGAUGGGCGAGUGCCUGGGGAUCAUGUGCCAAUUGGUGAACACUGAUGAUGAUGUGGUCAAUACGGCGGCCUCCAUUGCCUAUGCCUUUGGGAUGGUGUACGGCUUCCAUCUACCACCGACCCACCCCUCCAACCUGGAUAACAUCAUCUCCUAUUGCAUAUUUUCGGUGCGCAAUUUGCGGAACCUCGAUGCGGCCAUUGUUCUGGCCUCUUAUGCCAUAUCCACCUGCACAGAGGAGUUGAUCCUUGAGUCCACACACGUGCAGGCCACAAGACACCGCCUCCACUUACUUCAAAUGUGUCUGGAUGUGUGGACUACCAUAAGGGAAACCAUGAAUAGCGACAGCAACACCAAUGAAAAUGCUGCCUCUGAAGCCCCGAAUGCAACUGCAUAAGCCCAUGGAUCAGUAUCACCCUUCAUUCACUCGGGAAUCUAGAAAGUAGCAGGACACAGCACACUCGCUCCUCCUACACACACAAACUAUACACA